AUUUCUCUGUAAAAUGUCAAAAUUUCCAAUAAAAAUGUUUUUUACGAAUUUUUCUGAAAAUUUAUUCAUUUAUUAUGACAAUCUGUCCUGGUAUCUGGUUAUUACAGUAUUUGUGACAGGUGUCAGUGCACUUUUGACUUUACUUCUGCAUUUGGAAGUUCCUGUCAUUGAAUGGUUCGAGAGGAUGUUUCCCUUCAUAUAUGCAAGUCCUGUCAGCACAAAGUCUCAAACGAGUAACACUGAAAAUAAUAUUCGAGACACACAAGACUCAAUGAAUGAUAAUACUGAUAAAAUUCUUUUGCACAACAACGAUGAUGCUGAUAAGUUGGACAUUUGGGAUUUGAAUACUGUUAAACGUAAGACUAUUUUUAAGGAUGUCAAUGUUAAGUUGACGCCUGAACAGAAGGCUGAGGAAGAACAAGCCGUGAAAGAACAACUUGCCAAAAUUUUUGCAUUGUUGAAAGAACAAGAAGACAAAUUCAAAGUGUCCGAUAUGGAAGAUCUAGAAGAGCAAUUGAGUUUAUAUAAAAACUGA